UGCAUGUUCCACGUACAGACAAGUCCAUGCUCCGGGGUUGGAAACUUGCAGAGAGAGAGGGGGGGAGAGAGAGAGAGGAAGGAAAUUUCUAUUCCAAGUACGACAAUGGAGAUGAACCGAGAGAGAAGGAGUUCAAAUGAGCUCACAAAAUUCUGUUCCACGUACCAUCGAGUCCAAAGUCCAAACUUUGCGAACUUUUAUGAAGGGAGAGAAGGAAGCUACCUAUAUUUAAGAGGCAUAGAGCGCGCUACGCGGUGAAUGGAGGCCAGUGGCCAUUGGCGAGUGAAUUUUGUUGGUUGGCUUUAACUGUUUUUCGAAAAAAAAUAAGAAGAGUCUGAUCAGGCGACGGAAGAAACGAAGAGCGCCUGCAAUACCAAGCAGCGAGAAGCGUGCCCCGUCCAUGAUCAAGCAGAGAAGCCCAUCCUUGAUGUAGAUAGAGGGGGAGAGAGAGACAGAGAGAGAUCUUUGCGCCGCUCCCCAUCUCCCUGAAUCACCGGAAUCCUGCUGGCCUCUCUCUCUCUCUCUCUCUCUCUCUCUCUCUCUCUCUCUCUCUCUCUCUCUCUCUCUCUCCUUCUCUCUAUCUCUCUCUCUCUGCAGCGUCAUUUCUCCCUCGUCCCCCUAUCAUGUGCUUGACCACCCUCCAACUGUGUUCCACCCGUUAGAUAUCGCAGAUCAGAAAUCCUUUGGUGGUUUUGGUCCUUUUCUCAAUUUGGGUAGGAGGAGAAAUGGAAGACACGGCGUUGGAGGAAGAGGGCGAGCACCAGCAGAGGUCAAAGGCGGACGAGAAAGAGGUGAUACAGAGCUUGGUUGAGAUUGAGGAAGCCAUUGGGGCCUAUGGAGAUUACAGGAAAACACAGAGGAAGGAAUGCUUCAACCUGGUUAGGAGAAUCAAGCUGUUAAGCCCACUCCUGGAGGAAAUCAGAGAGAACGGAUGCCCAUUGUCGCCCAGAUCGAUUUCAUGCUUCAACGAUUUGAAGAAGGCGUUCCUUUGCGCGAAGAAACUGUUGAAGACUUGUAAUAGCGGGAGCAAAAUCUAUUUGGCAUUGGACAGCGAGGGGAUUGCGGCGAGGUUCCUUGCAGUGUACGAGAGAUUGAACAGGGCUCUGGAUGCCAUUCCUUACGAUGAGUUGGGAAUUUCUGAUGAAGUCAAAGAGCAGGUUGAGCUGAUGCAAUCACAACUCCGGAGAGCGAAAAGAAGAACAGAGACUCAGGACAUUGAACUGGCCAUGGACAUUAUGGUUGUGUUCUCAAAGAAGGAUGAUCGCAACGCAGAUAGUGCUAUACUCGAAAGGUUGGCAAAGAAGUUGGAACUUCAGACUAUUCCAGACCUCAAGUCAGAAACUGUGGCAGUAAAAAAACUUGUGAAAGAGAGAGGUGGAGGGCAAUCUGCAGAAACCAUUCAGCAGAUCGUAGAUGUUUUGAACAAGUUUAAGCAAAUUGCCGGUGUUAAAGAGACAAGCGGAAUCACCAAUAAUGUUGAUGAUGUUUCACAGGCCAAGUGUUUAAAAAAAUGCCCAUCAUUGUCGAUUCCAAAUGACUUCCUUUGUCCAAUUACUUUGGAAAUCAUGACAGACCCUGUGAUCGUUGCAACUGGCCAGACAUAUGAAAGAUCCAGCAUACAGAAGUGGUUGGGCUCUGGGCAUAGAACUUGCCCAAAGACCAGGCAACCUUUGGCACACCUGUCUUUAGCACCAAAUUAUGCUCUGCGCAACUUAAUUGCAAAUUGGUGUGAAAUGUACAACGUAGAACUCCCAAAGCGGGAAGCAGAUACAAAGGCAGUACAGGUAAAAGAAAUAUCUACAAUCGUCCAAAACCUCUCCUCUGGUCGACUUGAAGUGCAAAGAGAAUCAGUAAUUGAGAUUCGCAAGCUUUCCAAGGAGAACCCAGAUAACAGAGUAUUGAUUGCUAGUGCUGGUGCAAUUCCCCGUUUGAUAAACUUACUUUCAUAUCCUGACUCCAAGAUACAAGAACAUGCAGUAACUGCAUUGCUGAACUUGUCAAUUGAUGAGACAAACAAGCGGAUAAUUGCGAAAGAGGGAGCCAUUCCAGCCAUAGUUGAAGUUUUGCAGAAUGGAAGUCUGGAAGCUAGAGAAAACUCAGCAGCAGCAUUAUUUAGUCUUUCCAUGGUUGAUGAGAACAAGGUUACAAUUGGUAGUUUGAAUGGCAUACCUCCAUUGGUCGACCUCCUUAAAAAUGGGACUGUCAGAGGUAAGAAAGAUGCUGCCACUGCCCUUUUCAAUUUGUCCCUUAACCAAGUUAAUAAAGGCAGAGCCAUCAAGGCCGGCAUUAUAGCACCUCUGCUUCAAUUAGUGACAGACAAGCAUUUGGGAAUGGUUGAUGAGGCACUCUCAAUCCUGUUUCUUCUGUUAUCCAAUCCUGAAGGACGCAAUUCUAUUGGGCAGAUGCCAUUUAUUCAAACGCUUGUGGAAUUGAUCAAAGAAGGGACGCCCAAGAACAAGGAGUGUGCAACCGCAGUCUUGCUUGAAUUAGGAAUAAACAACUCCUCUCAUGUUUUAGCCGCAUUACAAUUUGGGGUGUAUGACCAUUUAGUUGAGCUAUCAAAAAAUGGAACAAGUAGAGCUCAAAGGAAAGCAAACACACUUUUGCAUCAUAUGAGCAAAUGUGAGCAGGUUCCAUGAACACCGAAGGUGGGAUAUUUCAUUAGCUUUAUCUUCUGUUGUCCUUUUUUUCUUGUUUCGUGUAAAGGUGGUGUUUUUGUAGUAUCAGGUCAUGCAUUGCUGGUCAGUCUUGAUGAUCAGAAUAUACUAAAUGAGGAGUUUAGGUUUGUAGCAAUCAUAAUAAUGGGAGAUGUACAUAGCCCUGUCAACUGACAGAUUAUUUAAUGAUAAAUAUCAUUGUGUUCUUAUGUGAAA